AUGAGCAAAAAUGGCGAUGAUGAUGAUGACGACGACGUCGACGACGGUGGUGGUGGUGGUGGUGGUGGUGGUGGUGGUGGUGGUGGUGGUGGUGGUAAUGGUGGUAAGGAAGAGGAGGAGGAGGAGGAGGAGGAGGAGGAGGAGGAGGUUGGUUCAUCCUGACGGAUUUUGUCGUGGGGUGCUUUUUGUUUAGAGGAGAGAGAGAGGGCAGAUAUUUUUGGUGAUUCCAGUCAACAGAUGCCGUGCUUUUUGUCGCCGGAGUCCGUAACGAACGUUGUCUUAUGGUAAUUAGGCGUUGUCCCACCUUCGUGAUCGGCCUGAGGUCACAGACUCUGCACGCCUGACUGGUGUGCGAUAUGCAAGUCUCGCGAGCCACCUAGCUGGCGUCAGGACACUAGCGCCAGUUAAGGGCUCAGUUCGUCUGCCAUUCGGCAACUUAGCAAACUGUUCUGGCUCGGGUAACCGAUUCGCUUUCUUGCAGUUUGUGCUGCUCGAUUAGGAAGGCGCCUUAGACAUGGCAAGGCAUGUUCCGCAGUCCUGGAGACGGUAGGGAAGUAAAGAGCCAAUCAGCUGUCAGAUCCGCGAGGCCUACACCAAAAAAAGGAAACUGAUCAGUUCAAGGCCGGCUAGCUAGGCGGAUCAUUUUCCGUUCUUUCCGAUUUUGCGCAUCUAAAGCUUUGACAGCGGUGGUCCGACUAAUUUCAUGAAACCUCGGAAAAACCCUUACGUUUUCAUUAGUUCUCAAUCUGAGAAUACUUUGUCAGUGUCCGCGCCCAACCCAUCCUGCCAAACUGAAUUCCCCCAGGCGAAAUCGCGCCUCAAUCAGGAUUCGAACGCAGACCUAAACAUGCAACCCGUAAACAUGUCAGCCUGUAAAGAACCUCCAAACGCUGACAUGGGGUUCACUUUAAUGCUUUGAGAGAUGCACUCAGAGCUCGGCCGUGCUCAAACAGCACCCUGCAGCACCCACUCGAUGCAAUUCACGGAGUUAAAAAACCCCCAGUAGACCGACAAAGACAAAAUGCACCAAAGCAUGUCACCUCAAAUCGUGUUUAUGAAUCCGCAUGUACGUCUGGAUGGAAGCGAGUUAGACGAACGCAAAAUCAGUUUAGCACAUGCCUAAAUGGCUUUCAAAUUCAAAAAAAUACGCAGCCGUCAUUCUUCUGUAGCGACACAUAAAUAAUGGUGAAUGCGUACAGCUCACAAAUAAGCGACACACUAAAGAAACCCAACUGGCUGACAGGGCUAAAGAAACGAGGUUCGGGGAGCAGUCUGGAAGAAUGAGGCACACCCCCUGGAGUUACGCACAGAUUGGAGGCAAUAAUAGGGCACUGAAUCAUGAAUCCGGAGGACCCACUACCACGGCAAGAACCUAAGGAGUCGUUUACCAGGUUUGGUACGCUUGUAGACAAGGCAAUUAUAUCGGAGCAACUUGAAUUCUGCGCUGGACGCGGAUGCCCGAGCACGCAGUAGCAGUUAGGAGGAACAACGUCAGCCCCAAAGUUGCGGCCCACUCGUCGUGGCCCGGCCGCACACAUUCACGUUCGAUGAGGCCGGAAUUAUCGUCAGAGGCGACAAUCGCGUGAGCCGCGAACUGCUCGAGUAAUGGUUUUCCGGUCCUCAGUUAGGCGGUUGAAAGUUUGAUCGUCGUGGUCGAUGAUGUUCGCCGUGUGCUCUACAGCAAAGUGGGAGCAGGAACAGUGGCUUAUGUGUGCAUUAGUUUAUGGCGACAGUAGGUUUGAACCACAUUUAUCGCACGUUCUUCUCCUCCCCCGCCUGGGCCCGUUGUCAAGACGCAGUCAGGAAGACAGAGGUGGGAGAGGGGCGCAGGGGGUUGGCACGGCCGAACCCGCCAAUUUAUGUGCCACUCCACAUCCCCUGGUCCACAACAAACACUUGAUCAGGAUUUUAAUCAGCAACAACGCAACAGGAGCGCAAGCGCAACUACCGACAGGGAACUAGGUGCCAGAGAACUGCCAACGCACACCAGGUAAUCGAUCAACAAACGUAACGACCUCGCACCUCCAUAUUCAUUGCUAAGACUGUGUCUAGGGGAAGUAGUUAGCCACAUGGAGAGCGCACGGAUGGCUACUAAUCCUGGUGUCAGUGUCGGCAAGCCAAAGUGCCCAAGGACCCAUACAGCUGAUGAAAUUGCGACCACUGGCAACUCGAUUUCGGGCACCUAGACAGUUACCGCACCUGGUGCAACUUUCUGUAAUGCACUCGGAGGCAGGCUAAUAAAGCUCUUGUCCCAGCGAUCGUUUCUAGAUCUUCGCGAAGCCUAACUUGCUCAAACAGUUAGAUCAUGGUGAAAAGGUGCUGUUGGACCAGCCAUGUAUUUAUGAAACCGCCCCUUCCUUCACUAUUCUGUUGCAUGUUUAUUUGAUCCUUUUGUAUCGACCAGACUGUGUGAUCCUAACUACGACCUUGCCGUCUACAGCUUGUAACUUAAUACCUUAUUGUGGAAAGCCCGAAUUGAUUUUCUGAACGAAUACAACCUGCCUUGUAUUUAUUACUUGCUGAGCAUGUUAACAGCCUGCCGAUGGGCUGACUCAACUAAAAGCCUCGGUCCAACGCGUGCUACGAUUACAUACGACACAGUUGAGAGAUCCGGGAAGAAGGUUUGAGAAACGUGUUUGGUCGACUCACCACUAUGAAAGCGUAAAAUGCACAAAUGCAUAUGGUGUGCCGAGACAGUCAGCCUCGGGCCCGUCGAUUUUUCUCUCAUUUCGCUACCUCGACCUUUUCUUUGGUUGCUUAAUGGGCUAGAAAUCUGUGAAUACAAUACUGUGUACCUUCACCUCACACAUCAACCUGGUCGGUCACUUGCGAAUCCAUCGUACAGAGAUUGGCGAACCAGUGCGUGAAGCACCAACCUUCACCCACCGCACUCGCCUCCACUGCCCACAAUGCCCUCGCACCUUCAGGCAUCGCAUGGGCCUAUUCGGCCACAUGCGCAUCCACGACGACCUGCGGUAGACAACCGCCGGCCACACCACACAUUCACUCACUCCGUACCUCCUCCACCACCACCUCACCCCACCAGAAAUCAACACUCACACACCUCAUGCACCCAACUGCCACCUCCCACACAAGUGGGAAGUGUGCAUCUCGACUCGGUCCCCAUGCGGCUUCGGCUGCACGGGUGACUUGA